AUGUAAGAAGAAUUAUCCUAUAAUCCUGAAAUAAUGAAAUCCUAAUUAGGAAUGUUGCCACCAAUUGAAUAGUUUACAUUACAAUAAUUAGCAAAUAAGAGAAAGGUUAACUUUAAUAUGAUGCUUUCAUUACCAGUUAAUUAUUUAAAUGUCUAUUUGUAGUUUUUAUUAAAGGAUAAAUAAUUAGAAGAUCGAAAAGAUACUAUUGCUAUAUAUAGAAAAAGAAAAUUCGAACCUUUAUAACCAUAGAAACACAAUAUUCCAUUAAUAAAUAGUGGUAGAAUUCAUUGUACUGAGUUAUGGUCAGAUAAAUAUUAGACAACAGCCUUACGUGAUUCACAUAUUGAGAAAAAUCUAAAUAAGUAUAAAUAAAUAAUCAAAACUAAUAUUCAAGAAUAUUUAAUCAAAUUUGAAAUAUAAGCUAAAGAAUAGUUGGAAGAAGCACGCAAGUAUUUUUAUUAAAUGAAAUUAAUUAAGUAUUAAAUAUUCAGAAAUUUACAAAAAAUAGCCUUCAAUUUCAGAAGAUGAUUUUGUUCCUACAUAAAAUGAAUUGAAUGUAAGUCUAUGCACAUAAGAUGAAAUAUUUAAUUUCUAUAAAGAACCAAAGAAAUAUAAUGUAACUUAACUCCAAAAAACUAGUUUACGUAAUUUGGACAAGAUUACAAAUAGUAGUCUAAAAUAGAGUUAUAUAGAUAAAUUUGAUAAAGUAAUUAGUGUUUGUGAUAGAUAUUCUAUUAAUUCAAAUAGAAAUUCAAUGGAUUAUAUUAAGUAUAAUGAUAUAUAAUAAUAAUAAGUACAAUUGGAUAUGGUAACAUUAAAAAGAAGAAAAGAAAUAUUAUUGAUAUCAAAACAAGUAGUAGCCAUAUUAAUUGA